GCAAAAUGUCGAACGUUUGAGAAUGUUGCUGCGGACAGAUCGACUUCGGUAUUUUACAUUGAAGUUCUUAAGCGAUUGUGUCAAAUAGUGUCUCGUGUGAGGCCGGAAUUAGCCAAAAAUGGUUGGGUCCUUCACCAUGACAAUGCUCCUGCUCACACAUCAUUAAAAGUUCAACAGAUUUUGACCAUUAGGAACAUAACAACAUUCCCCCACCCCCCGCACAGCACUGAUCUUGCUCCACUGGACUUCUGGCUAUUUCCAAAGUUAAAGGAACCAAUGAAAGGACAUCGCUAUAAGGAUUUGGAGGACAUUAAACGUGCCGUAACGUCAGUGUUGAAGAACCUAACUUCUGGAGACUUCCAGCGGUACUUCCAGAAAUGGGAAGAACGCUGGACCAAGUGUGUUAGACUCGGAGGAGAGUACUGUGAAGGCAUGGGUGCAUA